UCGUACGACUCGGUGCACUCAUAUAUAUAUAUAUAUAUACACACACAAACCACAUACAUACACGUACACACACAUUGGUCAAUGGUAUUCGAUAGUCUGUUAUCAACGAGGCGCAGCGGUUGCGUCGACAGUGAGCAGUAAAGAGGAGUUCCGGCUGUAGUCCACCUAAUCAGUUAAAUAUGUUUCGGACGCACUAGUUUGUUGUUGUUAUUGUUGUUACGAUACACAAGUGUUAUUUUUGUCGUCUGCUGUGCAGCGCGAGUGUAACGUGAUACUGUAUAAUUAAUUUUUUGGUGUUGUUGCUCCGAUAUUUUGUUUCUAUUCUACGUAACUUGAAUGAAGAUCAGUUUUACAACAGAUAGAAACAAGAGAGUUAAAGUAUCCUCAACGAAGGGUAAAUCCAGCUGAUGCCGCAUCGUUCGUGGUCACGAGUUCAAUUAGGCCCCGAUCGCAUGUUGGCCCGAGCGCUGUCCCAGGCACCCCCGACAGGCGGCUACUGAUAUGUUAUUGGAGAUGGAGCAGCAUUCGGGCCUGAUAUCCCUGAACAUGUCGCCGUUCCACCUCAGCCCCCAGAACAGCCCUCAGAGUGCUGGUGGUGCGCCUCAGCAGUCCCAGCAGCAGCAGCAGCAGCAGUCGAACCAGCAGCAGCAAUCCAACCAGCCCCACCACCAGUACAGCCCCUCGCCCUACGCCAACUGCGCUCAGCAGAGUCCCGCCUCGAACCCGCUAUGCCACCCACAGCAGCAGCAGCAGCAGGCCUCUCAGGCCCAAAAAAACCAGCAGCAGCAGCAGCAGCAGCAGCCAAGUAGCGGUGGUGGCAUGGCUAGCUUCGAGAACGCCUUUUACGAGGCUACGAGCCUAGACGAGCGCUGUCCCAUGUGCGGCGACAAAUCGCCCGGUUAUCACCAAUACGGCCUCCUGAACUGCGAUAACUGCAAACACCACCUGUUUAGGCCCAGCAACAGCUCGCCCAGCUGCUCCGUCAGCAAGAAGGUCUACACGAGUCUGUUCUCGCCAACAGGUGGAGGAGGCGGUGGCGGCGGCGGCAAUAACGCCACGGGCCCCAGCAGCAGUAACAACAACAACAACAACAACAACAACAACAGCUCGAACGGGCCCACGGUCCAGCAACAACAAAGUACGGGCCUCGAGUCCGCGAGCUACAGCGCCAACAGCCAGCAGCCCAACAACAGCACGGGUAUGUGCCAUCAGGGGAGCCACUUGGCCGGCCAGGUUGGCGUGGGCGUGGUUACGGGCUCGAUCCCCGGGCCCUCGGACUUUCCCGACACGAAGGACGUGAUAGAGGAAUUGUGCCCGGUGUGCGGGGACAAGGUGUCCGGUUACCACUACGGUCUGCUAACGUGCGAGUCCUGCAAGGGCUUUUUCAAGCGGACUGUGCAAAACAAGAAGGUGUACACGUGCGUGGCCGAGCGCCAGUGCCACAUCGACAAAACCCAGAGGAAGCGCUGUCCGUUCUGCAGGUUCCAAAAGUGCCUCGAGGUCGGCAUGAAGCUCGAAGCGGUACGAGCGGACAGGAUGCGGGGCGGCAGGAACAAGUUCGGCCCGAUGUACAAGCGAGACCGGGCGCGGAAGCUGCAAAUGAUGAGGCAGCGCCAAAUAGCCCUGCAAAGCUUGCGCGGCAGUCUCGCCGACCCGUCCAGCUACCCGGCCAUUGUGGCGCCCUUCAUCAAACAGGAGAUCCAGAUACCCCAGGUAUCGUCGCUCACCUCCUCGCCGGACUCGUCGCCCUCGCCCGCGGCCGUGGCCGCUGGCCUCGUCACCACCCAAGCCGGCAGCGUGUCUAGCGCGCACCAGCUGAUAGCGCCGUCGACGCAAGUCUCGCUGUCCUCGGCGACGAGCAACAACGGCAACCACCUGCACGGAGGGCUGGGGAGCGCGGGUGCCGGUGGCAACUGCUCGAACCCCUUGGACGGGGCGGGCAAGCUCUGGCCGGCCAACUCGACGACGCCGAGUCCCAAGACCGGCUUCGGGGCCUCCUCGGGUGGCUUUGGCCACACCGACCAUCACCACCACCACCACCACCACGGGGGUCCCGGCAGCGGUGGUAACGGCUCUGGACCUGGGAACGGCGCCCACGCGCACCCGGCCGAGCUCUCCUCGGGCCACCACGGCCAGGACGCGGGGGCAGCGGGUGGCGGGGCCGCCGAUGGCCAGCGCGACGACCAGUCGCUCCUCCAGGUCCACUCGAAAGCUAGUCCGAUUAUCCAGGACUUUGUCCAGACGAUAGACGACCGCGAGUGGCAGGCCUCGCUGUACAACCUCCUGCAGAGCCAGACGUACAACCAGUGCGAGGUCGACCUCUUCGAGCUCAUGUGCAAGGUCCUCGACCAGAAUCUCUUCUCGCAGGUCGACUGGGCGCGGAAUUCCGUCUUCUUCAAGGAUCUCAAGGUGGACGAUCAAAUGAAGCUGCUGCAGCACUCGUGGUCGGACAUGCUGGUGCUGGACCACGUGCACCAGAGGGUGCACAACCGGCUGCCCGACGAGAUGGCCCUGCCCAACGGCCAAAAGUUCGAUCUCCUCUGUCUGGGUCUCCUCGGGGUACCCUCCACCCGGGACGUCAUACGCAACAUCUGCGUCAACCUGUCCCACCUCAAGUUCGACCUCGGCGACUACAUCUGCAUGAAGUUUUUGCUGCUGCUCAAUCACGAUGUUCGCGGCUUGGUGAAUCGAAAACAUGUACAAGAGGGUCACGAGCAAGUCAAGCAAACGCUUCUGGACUACACGCUAACGUGCUAUCCGCACAUACCGAACAAAUUCAGCAGGUUGCUCGACGUAUUCAGGGAGAUCCACCUGGUGGCGUCAAAGGGUGAGGAGCACCUUUACGCGAAACACUGCAGCGGAAGCGCCCCCACGCAGACCCUCCUGAUGGAGAUGCUGCACGCCAAGCGAAAAUGAAGAUUGCGACCACCCAGACAGCACCACGACGAUGAUGACUCUGUUGUUGCAGCUUGUGGCGCUGGUGAUGUUUCUUUUAUCGGCGGACGAGACAACCGUACCGCCGUCGCCGUCGCCGUCGCGGCUGCUGGAUAAGCCUCGCGUCGAGUCGAGCCUACGUCCGUCCGCCCUCGACAACGCCUUUGGAUGAUAAUCCUUCGAUAUGAUGGGAGCUCGCGUCGUCGAGCUUCGCCCAAUCGGGAGGGUAUUAAUUAAGGUUGUACAAGUCGAAAGAAGCUUAUGUUAAA